GGGAGCUGCUAUGUUUUUGCCUGCUAGAGGUGGAAAUAACAGUUAAGGAACUGAAAGAGGUUAGGUGGAUUUUCAAAAGGGGCCUUUCCCCCCCCCCCUGAGUGAAUGCAAGGAAAGGCCUUUUAAAUGCAUGGUACAUGUUUCAGAUUGGCUGGACAUUAAGGAAAGUUCUGUAGAUGUUAAUGAUCUCAGCUGGUUGCUGGGAGAACUAGAUGUCACACCAUCAGGCUGCAGAUCAAGUCAGAAACCUGUGAUUCAGGAAAGGACGCCAGGUGGGAGAAGAGUGUUGGUUAGUUAAUUGAUAAGAUACCACAGCAGGAGAAGAUUACUCUGAGAAUGGCAGCCUGACUGAAGAUUAUCUCUUGCUCCUACAACUACAUCACAAAAUCAGGCUAUUUCACAUUCAACAGGAAUGUCUGCGUCAACUGACCAGGUUCUGGUCUUCUGCUCCAUCAAUGCAGAAAAAACUGUAACAACAGUGGAAAAUUGGAAGUCUGAAUUUCAGCUUUCUUAGAAAGAACUGCCGCCUGACGCAUCUCUGUAAUAUUUAAAUAAGAGGAGGAAUAAGAUCACCAAGAUGUUAUGAGCAGAGAUGACAACAUUGACAUGAAGAAUAGGUAAUUCACAAUUCAUCUUUCCCUCCCCAUCCCCCAGCCACUUGGAAGCCAGACUUCACAAGACAUCAGAACAAGCCAGACAAGAGGGGGAAAAUAGGGGUAUUUUCCCUCCAAAACACUGUUUUUGAUUAAAAGCAAAAUAUGGACCAAACCGUGCUCAGAGCUCUGGUGAGCUUGCUCUGGAAUUACUGGAUUUUAAUCAGUUCUGCUAAAGGAGGCAUAGGAGACAACCAUGUCCAUUCCAGUUUUAUUUACCGGAGGUUACGGAACCAUGAGCGAAGAGAGAUCCAGAGAGAAAUUCUUUCCAUUCUGGGCUUACCACACAGGCCCAGGCCUUUUUCACCUGGAAAACAAGCAUCUUCUGCACCACUUUUCAUGCUGGACCUCUACAAUGCUAUGACAAACGAAGAGGAUACUGAAGAACUGGAAUAUUCACUGCGGGGAACACUGGGCAGAGAGAGCAAAGGGCUGAGGAAGGGAUACCCUGCAUCUCCAAAUGGAUAUUCUCGGAGAAUACACUUAUCACGCACAACUCCACUGACCACACAGAGCCCUCCUUUAGCUAGCCUGCAUGAUACCAACUUUCUGAAUGAUGCAGAUAUGGUCAUGAGCUUUGUCAAUUUAGUGGAGAGAGAUAAGGAUUUUUCCCAUCAACGGCGGCAUUACAAAGAAUUCCGAUUUGAUUUGACUCAGAUCCCUCAUGGAGAGGCAGUGACAGCAGCUGAGUUCCGGAUCUACAAGGAUCGAAGUUACAGUCGAUUUGAGAAUGAAACCAUUAAGAUUAGUAUUUAUCAAAUCAUCAAGGAGUACCCAAACAGGGAUGCUGACCUCUUCCUGUUAGACACAAGACAUGCUCAAGCAUCUGAUGUUGGCUGGCUGGUGUUUGAUAUCACUGUGACCAGCAAUCACUGGGUGAUUAAUCCACAGAAUAAUUUAGGAUUGCAGCUCUGUGCAGAGAUGGCAGAUGGACGCAGUAUCAAUGUGAAAUCAGCUGGCCUUAUAGGAAGACAAGGUCCUCAGUCAAAGCAGCCAUUCAUGGUGGCAUUCUUCAAAGCAAGUGAAGUUCUUCUUCGAUCUGUCCGAGCUGCCAACAAUAAAAAGAAAAACCAGAACCGCAACAAAUCCAGUAGUCCUCAGGAUUCUUCAAGAAUAUCAAGUGUUGGGGAUUACAACACAAGUGAGCAGAAACAAGCCUGUAAAAAACAUGAACUCUAUGUGAGCUUCCGAGACCUGGGGUGGCAGGAUUGGAUCAUAGCUCCAGAAGGUUAUGCUGCAUUUUAUUGUGAUGGAGAGUGCUCAUUUCCUCUCAAUGCCCAUAUGAACGCUACAAAUCAUGCAAUAGUGCAGACUCUGGUCCAUUUGAUGUUCCCAGAUCAUGUCCCUAAGCCUUGCUGUGCUCCAACAAAACUGAACGCAAUCUCUGUGCUCUACUUCGAUGACAGUUCAAAUGUUAUUUUGAAAAAAUACAGAAAUAUGGUGGUACGAUCAUGUGGCUGCCAUUAGAAUCAGUACUGUCAACCAGAUGAUAUUCAAGACCAGAAUUUUACCAGAGCUGCAAAGAACACAUCCGAAAACACUGUGUGGGCAGAUUUCUUAGGAUUACAUCAUCAAAUUUCUCCAAAGGCAAUAGCAUGGCUUCUCUCCCUUUGGUAUAUUUUCUUUUUGCUGUCUGGACAUGAUUUUGCAUCUUCUACAGUGUCCCAAAUUUAACAUAGUUUGGGGACAUAGUGGAGGGGCACGUGUGACAGCUGACACAAGAUAGGACAGACAAUCUUCUGAAAUAACUCUGCAAAGUAAAUAACCCCCCCCCCAAAAAAAGGAACAAGAAAAAGAAAAAUCUCAGAAUUUUUCUCAGACUAUAGCUUCUAAGAAACUUCAGCUCAGCUCUAAAAUUCCUGUUACAAAUGUCACCCUCUUUCUUUCUUUCUUUCUUUCUU